AUGGCCGACAUGGAUGUUUUCACAGCCAUGGGGAUUGCGGGCUUUGGCAAGAAGCAUAAGCAAAGACAGCUUGAUCCGAAGCGCUUCGAAAAGAGCAAGCGUGAAGAUGCUACGUCGACCUCUACUGGGCACAGCAGAAACGAGGAGGAUAUUGUUCCUUCUACGUCAAGCAGUUAUGUUAGACUAGAGCAAACGACUGUCGAACAUGAGCCAGAAUUCGACCCAGAUGAGAUGGGUCCUCCUCCACCGCCCGUCAACGGCUCAAAUAAGAACAACGGGGAACCUGAUUUCGACAUCUCUGAUGAUGAGGAGUCUGAACCUCCCCAAUUUCCUGUAACGCAUGAGUUGUCACUAAAAGACCAUACGAAAGUGGUCUCUGCGUUGACUCUUGACCCGUCUGGAGCUCGUAUAUUGUCUGGCUCACACGAUUAUGACUGCAAGCUCUGGGAUUUCGGGGGGAUGGACUGGAGGUGUAAGCCGUUCAAAACUUGGGAGCCUGCGGGUACUUACCACAUUCACGACCUAAAAUACUCGAAUGACGGCCAGCAAUUUUUGGUCGUUUCUGGCACGACACAGGCCAAACUGUAUGAUCGUGACGGAGAGGAACUUGCCACCUUUGUCAAGGGUGAUCCGUACAUCCGAGACAUGAAAAAUACAGCGGGCCAUGUUGCCGAAUUGACUUCGUGCGCCUGGCACCCUUACGACUCCCAGACAUUCAUAACUAGUUCUACGGACUCGACAAUACGCAUCUGGGAUGUUGAGAACAAAAGGAAGCAGAAGACAGUGAUCGUUGUCAAGUCCAAGGAACGUGGGGCCCGUACAAAAGUAACUGCGUGCGGUUAUUCACAUGACGGCAGUCUUAUUGGAGGAGUUUGCUUGGAUGGGGCAUUGCACAUGUGGCAGACAAAGUCGAACUAUGUUCGACCUAACAUGUCCAUUGAAGGUGCUCAUACGAGGGGCACGGAGUCAGGAUCACUGGUGUACUCUGUUGACGGGCGUACGGUACUAACGAGAGGGGGCGACGACACUGUAAAGCUCUGGGAUCUUCGGGCGUUUAAGAAGCCGCUGGCGACGCGUUCGAAUCUCACCACGUUGUAUCCCACAACAAACGCUAUUUUCAGCCCAGACGACAAGUAUGUAGUUACCGGAGCGGGCGCAAUGUCGAAGGGUGAGAAGGGCCGGCUGAUGUUCUUGCAGAAGGACAACCUGGAGUCCGUCAAGGAGCUCGAGGUAGACACAACGCCCGUAAAAGUCUUCUGGCAUUCCAAGAUCAAUCAGAUCAUCACUGGCCUGGCGAACGGUCAAAUAUGUGUGUUAUAUUCACCACAUACGUCUAUCAACGGCGCGAAGCUGCCACUCAGCAAGGGCCCUCCGAGGAAGGCUACGAUCGAGGAUAUGUCCGACGCUGUCUCUGCUCCUAACAUCAUCACACCGCAUUCGCUGCCCAUGUUUCGCGAUGGCGAGGACGGCCGUGGCAGUAAGCGCAAGAGGGAGAAGGACCGGAUGGAUCCUCGCAAGAGCAGAAGACCAGAACUUCCCGUCACGGGACCUGGCCGUGGAGGCAGAGUUGGUGCCAGUGCUACGCAACACGUCGUGCAGAACCUGGUGCGAGACACGACAAGAGACGAAGAUCCUCGAGAAGCGUUGCUCAAGCUGGCUUCGACGGACGAAGAGCCAGUGUGGACUGCAGCGUGGCGGGAAAACCAGCCGAGACCUGUGUUUGCGAAGGCGCAGAAAGAGGACGAGGAGAAGGAGGAGGAGUAG